GGUUGUUUCCUGGUCCCAAGAUGGCGGCGCUCAGUCCCGUUCCUGUGCGAGGGAAUGGGGGCGAGUGAAGCCUGAGGGAGCGGGUCGGGGCCGCGCGCCGCGCCGUGCCGCGCGGCGGGGAGGGGGAUGAGGUGACGGCCGCCAUGGCGAGCGACGCGGGCAGGAAGCAGUUCUGGAAGCGGAGCGGCGCGAAGGUGCCGGGCAGUAUUCAACAUGUGUAUGGAGCUCAGCAUCCGCCUUUUGAUCCAUUAUUGCAUGGAACCUUGAUAAAACCAGGUUCAAAGCCACCUACAACUCCAGUGAAACUAAAGAAAGUCAGCACUUUCCAAGAAUUUGAAAGUAACACAAGUGAUGCUUGGGAUCUUGGGGAUGAUGAUGAUGAACUCUUAGCAAUAGCUGCUGAAAACUUAAAUACAGAAGUGGUCAUGGAAACAGCUCACAAAGUAAUUCAGAAUCACAGCAAGCUACAAGAACAGCAUAAAUUUCAGGAAGAACAUCUACAGGAAGAGAAACAAGUAGAAUCUGCAAAGCUGUCUUCAGUUGCGUGUGGUGAUAAUAGGCUUGUUAAAUCAGUCAGUGAAGGUCAUACAUCGAGUUCAUCAGAUAAUGCUAGUGAAAAUUCUUCCAUGCAGAGAUCACAGUCCCUGCCACAAACUUCCACACCUCCCUUGGUGAGUGGAAUGGCAGACUAUAAUACCUCAGUUACUCCUGCAUUAACUGAAAGAGAAGCAUCCCGAUUAGACAAAUUUAAGCAGCUACUUGCUGGCCCCAAUACAGAUCUUGAAGAAUUACGGAAAUUGAGUUGGUCUGGCAUUCCCAAACGGGUUCGUCCAAUUGCAUGGAAACUUCUUUCAGGCUAUCUUCCUGCAAAUGUGGACCGAAGAGAAAGCACUUUACAAAGAAAACGCAAAGAGUAUUUUGCAUUUGUUGAACAAUACUAUGAUUCCAGAAAUGAUGAAAAUCACCAAGAUACCUAUAGACAGAUCCAUAUAGAUAUCCCACGCAUGAGUCCUGAAGUUUUAAGACUUCAGCCCAAAGUAACGGAGAUCUUUGAAAGAAUUUUGUUUAUCUGGGCAAUACGUCAUCCAGCCAGUGGAUAUGUUCAGGGCAUAAAUGAUCUUGUUACUCCUUUUUUUAUAGUCUUCGUUUGUGAAUAUAUAGUAAUUCACUGGGCCUUGUGUGUAUAUCUAGUACCACAGAGAGGACCUGGAUUUAUUCACCAUCCAGAGAGAUGAAAGCUCAAGAGAAACACCAUUGCAAUAAGGAUGCAUGUCAGGCCAUUGCUAAGUGGAAUGGCUGUUUGAAAUCACUUUAAGACCCCUAGCAGUGUUGGAUCAAGAGAAAAUUAGGAGUUAGUAGGAAGUCAAGAGCAGAAAAUGAACACUAUCAUAGCAUUUCAUCAUUGUAUGUCGGAUAAAGAAUGUCAAGAAAAAUGAGGCUGCUGAAGACUGGAAUGGCGAUUGGGAUAUUGUCUACAAUCUUCUUGCAAUAGAGGAGCUUGAGACAAUUUGAGGAUGCUUACAAGAACUCAUGAACUGAAAACUUUGGAAAGAGGGGUCUUACCCUUGCCCUUGAAGUGGUUGGAGAAUGACAUCCUUGCUGUAUUCUGGUUUACCAGGAAAGAAAUACUGGAAAACUUCCCAGGACAGAGUGCUCAGGAAUAUGAGGGAUUUCUUCAGUUAGAGAGAUGAAAACAUUUUAUUUCCAGUUGUUGUAUGCUCUUGAACUUUUCUGAUAAUUU